AUUUGCUUUUAGUGUAAUGAGAUUAAUAUGACGUAACCAAAAAUUAUAUAUAUAAAUAAUACUCGUGUUUGUAUAACUUUAUUAUUUUAUACCUAGCAACUAAAAACAAUGAAAUUACUUUUAUUAUUAGUUUUAGUAUUUAGCGGCUGUUUAGCCGAUAACCUAAACAACCGUUUGGACUGUUAUAUUGAGAAUGACUUUAAGAUAACUGAACAGCAAUGCAAGGAUAGGGGCUGUAUAUGGAACAUACCGCAUACCGGGGCAAAUGGUGUUCCCAUAUGCUAUCUGGACAUCAAACAAGUGGGAUAUCAAAUGGCCGGUGCGGUCAAAAAGACUGAUGAGGGCCAGGAGGUUGACCUACAGCUUAAAGACACCGCUAAAAAGACACUGAAGUCUAUGCCGUCGAUCGAGAGCCUAAAGUUCACCGUUAAAUAUAUGACCGAAAAUAUUGUGAGGUUUACGAUAAGGGACGCCAAGAAUAAGCGAUACGAAGUACCGGUGCAACAGGUGUUCAAUCUCAUGGAUAAAGUGGAAAGGGAUGAGUCGAAGCGCCGGUAUUCGGUAGAUGUCAGAACAGACUCUAAGGACUUCCAGUUUACAAUAACCCGGAAAGAGACUAAAACUAAAAUUUUUGACACAUCCAUUGGGGGACUGGUAUUCGCUGACCAGUUCCUACAAAUAGCUACUAAUCUAGCUAGUAAGAAUGUAUAUGGUCUAGGUGAAAAUGUACACCAAACCUUGAGACAUGACUUAAACUAUAAAAACUGGCCACUAUUUGCUAAUGGUAGACCGCUCACCGAGGGUAAUUUCAACGAGUACGGUGUUCAUCCAUUCUAUACGGUACUCGAGUCGGACGGCAAAGCUCAUGGAGUACUGUUCCUCAACAGCAACGCCAUGGACUAUACAUUUUUGCCUGAACCCGCCCUAUCCAUAAAGUCCAUGGGCGGAGUCCUCGACUUUUUUGUGUUUUUGGGCGAUAAUCCCGAACACGUGAUACAGUUGUAUACGUCGGUCAUCGGGAGGUCAACGUUGCCUCCCUUCUGGGGCCUCGGGUACCAACUGUGCCGAUACGGCUGGAAAGACACCCAAAGUGUCAAAGAGGUUAUCGACAGAAAUCUUAAAGAGAAAGUACCCUUGGACGUCAUGUAUGUGGACAUCGACUACAUGGAUAGGUUUGAAGAUUUUACUUACGAUCAUGGUGCUUUCGCCGGACUCCCGGAGCUGUUCCAAAGCACCAUGACCAAUAACAAUUUUCAUUGGACAGUCAUAUUAGACCCGAUCAUCGAGGCCAACAACCCUAAGUACCAGUCCUUUAUCGAUGGUUACAAAGACGACGUGUUUGUCAAAUGGUCCAAAAGCGUGGCGGUAAAGGACAGGCAUAACCCGGCGGACGUACCCACUGAUAAGGAUACGUAUUAUGGGAGAAUGUGGCCACAUGGCCCUGCUGCAUUUCCUGAUUAUUUCAAAAAUAUAACGGACUUGUGGUGGCGGAAACAAAUUAAGGACUUCCAUGCUGCGUUACCUUUUGAUGCACUUUGGAUUGAUAUGAAUGACCCGUCAAAUUUCGAUGAUAAAUGUCCAAAUAAUACUCUCGAUUACCCACCAAUCAGAUCAGAUUCACUGUCCAACACGAAACAGUUAUCGUGGGGGUCUAUAUGCAUGACUACCACCCAUGGCCAGGAUGAACAGUACCAACACUACGACGUCCACGAUCUGUACGCCUUAUACGAGGCGAUUAGUACCCAAAAGGCUAUACAUGAGACUACUGGUAAAAGGGGGUUUGUUUUAUCGCGUACUACGUAUGUCUCAUCGGGCAGAUACACUGGGCAUUGGUUGGGCGAUAAUUACGCUACCUGGCCUAUGAUACACCAUUCAGUGGUGGGCAUGUUGGAGUUCAACAUGUUUGGCGUUAAUUAUGUUGGCUCCGACAUCUGUGGGUUCAACGAUAACACGACACCCCAAUUGUGCCGCCGGUGGCACCAAUUGGGGGCGUUUUACCCCUUUGCCAGAAACCACAACGAAAAGUCGGCUAUAGAUCAGGACCCGGCUGUUUGGGUCAGUCGUGGGCACCCGGAGGUUACUGAGGCCGCCCGAAACUCGCUGCGGCUCCGGUACCAACUCAUACACUACUUAUACACACUGUUCUACCGGUCCCAAGCGUUUGGCGAUACAGUCGCCCGACCCAUGCAUCACGAGUGGCCCCGGGAUGUCGUUACACAUGAUAUCGACACCCAAUUCUUGUGGGGCCGGGAUGUGCUCAUAUCGCCCUUCCUGUUCGAGAAUCAAACCGAAGUGAAGGCAUACCUACCGGCCAGUGAGCGCUGGUAUGAAGUGAAACCCCACCUAAACCUAGCCUCACAUGUGGGACACGUGUCUAUACCGGACUCCCAGCCCAACGGACCGCCGCCCAUACACUUCAGGGGCGGCGCUAUCAUACCGAUGGUCGUCGACGAGGAACUCAUAUCCACUUCUCAGCCGUCGAUAAAUACAUUGAAUUUAGUGGUCGUCCCCUCUAAUGACUCGCAAGUGGUCGGUAGGGGAGAGCUGUUUUGGGACGACAGGGAGGGGAUCGACACCAUUGGGGGAAAUAAAUAUAAUUUAUAUACAAUGGCGACGUAUGCUAAUUGUACCAUGGUGAUUACGGUGGAUAAAACUGGGUACACUGGUAAAGUUUAUCCGAAAAUAAGCAAGGUUAUUGUUGUGAAUACAGGUGCCCAGGUUGACCCAGUGAACGCUACUCUAGAUGACAAGGAGGUGUCAGCUAAGCAUGUUAAUGGCAAUACCGAAAUUACCCUGGCCUACAAUAUGUACCCUGAAUAUGCGGGUAUAGUACGUAUGCGGCGUAUAAUCCGCAGUCAG